CUGGAUUUGGCUCGUUCGACGCUGUUGUAGCGAUCACACCUGGUCAAGAUGGACUACGUCAAGUGGGGAUGUGCGUUUGCGCUGGGCGUGACCAGCCACUGGUACUUAUCCUCCAGCAAGGCGAAGCCUCCUCCAAAGGGUGGUGUCACGCAGUGUAAGACGAGCCACGAGAAAGAAGACGCAGAGGAAGACAGCAACGCCAGCGACAGUGACUCCGACGAUGACGUACACGACGAGGACACGCUCCACUGGGAGCCACACAAGAUGGUCCUCGUGGUUCGGAACGAUUUGAAGAUGGGAAAAGGUAAAGUGGCCGCGCAAUGUGGCCACGCCACCCUCGGCGCGUACAAGCGAGCUGUGAAGCGCACGCCCCAUGCCAUCGAGUGCUGGGAAACCCUAGGUCAAGCAAAGGUCGCACUCAAGGUCGAGUCAGAGGGUGAAAUGAUGGAACUGGCAAGCCGCGCGAAAGAUCUGGGUCUCGUGCACUACAUCGUUGUCGACGCCGGGCGGACUCAAAUUGCUUCAAAUUCCAGGACAGUCUUGGCAGUUGGUCCUGCUCCCAUCGGGGCUAUCAACAACCUCACUGGUCAUUUGAAGCUCAUGUAAAAUGGCUACGUAUUUUGCACGUAAUGUAAACAUAAUUGACGAAGACCUGACCAGGUCUGGCUUCACCCCACAUCAAGGCACUCACUCUGGUUCUGUGGACGGGUUAGAUCGAUAGGAAUGCGUAGAGCUGAACAAGUGAGAAGUCAAUCAUCAUG